AGUAGCUCUCUCGUGUUUGACAUUGAUACAGUAUUGAUUAAGCUGUACUACUUCAAGGCAUUAACCUGUCUCCACAUUCACAAGUAAUCUCUUUUUGAAAGCUUAAUUUAUUACCUGUUUUCAUCUCUAUAUAAAGACAUUGUGAGAAACGAUUUGGGAUGUGUCUGAGCACGGACCGUUUCAUUCAAGAUCUAGGGACGGAAACAGACUCAUCGUGUGAAAAAUAAACAAUUUUGGAUUGUAAACGUUAAUUAUCACAGGCGAGAAUUAAAAUAAAAUAAUCAUUUUUCAUUUUCUUAAAGUGAUUACAGAUUUUAGACACUGGAAAGUUUGAUUUAAAUUCACGAUGGUUUAACAAAAUUUAUCUUGCAAAUAUCUCUUUCAAGAACAUGGCAGAAAAUAAUGGAUUUAUUUGUAUACGGAAUAUUUUUCCUUUUUAAAACGAAUAGGAACUCGGACACUUAUAAUAUUUGAGAAAUUGUAUUGAAAUAGUUUGCGACUUAAACUUGUUAAAUUAAUGCUUGAAAUGGAAACAGAUUUUCAUGAAUUUAGUGCGAUUGAGCAGGAUAAAAACAAUGAGAAUGCCACCAGAAGUUUACUUAGCUUCGUGGACAUGGCAUCCAGCAAUAUAAAGUUGGCUCUGGAUAAGCCAUCGAAAUCUAAAAGAAAAGUAAACCAUAGAAAAUAUCUACAGAAACAAUUGAAACGUUGUUCCGGUCCACAAACAGGUUCUUCCGAAGAGUAUAAGGUAGUUGAUGUCCAAAGUCAUCCAAAUCAAAAGGUUCACCGUCGUGAAACGUCACAAAUAGGCGUGCAAAUAAAAUCCUUACAGGCUCUGUUUGAUCCGAGAACUUUGCAUGAAAAAUGUUGCUCUGAUAAGUCAGGAAAGUCCGCACAAAACUCUUCAAAGAUGCCAUUACGCAAGAGAAAACUUCCGCCGUCAUUCUUUAAAGAACCAAGAAAUCAGUUCCCAGACAAUUUUUCUUCGAGCCAUAUCAUCCUUCAAAAUAACGAGUAUCCUCUUAAUUUAAAUGAAGUGACAGAAAGCGGCACACAUUUACCGAAUGAUACAAUUGAAUCUAUUCUCGGACAAACUGAUUUUCAUGAUUUGUUAAUUGGAUCAUGGAGUGAUGGAAAUAAUUCCGCGAACUCAUCAGCAUUUUCCACAUAUGAUGGAAAUAGCUCGAACUUCAGUCCUGAAUCUUACUCAGAUUCGUCCGACGGGAGUUGUAGCGUUUCUCCAAAGAUUCAACAUCUUAAUAUGUGUGAUAUUACCCAAAGCACGAGCGAUUAUGUUCCAGCUAUUCCGCCAUAUGAACCGGUUUAUAGUGAUUCAGGAUUAACACCAGACUGCUUUAUUAGUAAACAAAACACAACAGAUCAAAUUGCACCAAACUGUUCUUCAUCUGGUUUUGUCAAUGUGAUACCUCCUACAACUGAAGGGUUUCUUCCAUUAUUAAAUGAACCUAUGGACAAGUAUGAUUAUCUAUGCAAUGAUUCAAUUCUUGAUACUAACGCAGAUAUGCAAAUGCCAGUGCCAUCUGGUGGGUUGCCGGCUUUUCCUCAAGCUUUUUACGGGCAAAACAACAUUACUCAAGAUACCGGUAACAAUUGUAAUAACGACUCAUUACUUGUGACUGACUUCUAUUGUUGGGAACAAACUUCAUCUCAACUGAAACCUUGUUAUACAUACUUGUGA